UGGGGACGGUGGCCUGGCGCCGCGCGCGCCCCAGGCGGCGCCGGCGGCUGCAGCAGGUGGGCACCGUGGCGCAGCUCUGGAUCUACCCGGUCAAGUCGUGCAAGGGGGUGCCGGUGAGCGCGGCGGAGUGCACGGCCUUGGGGCUGCGCUGCGGCCACCUGCGGGACAGGUUUUGGCUGGUGAUUAAGGAAGAUGGACACAUGGUCACCGCCCGGCAGGAGCCUCGCCUGGUGCUGGUGUCCAUCACCUGUGAGGGAGACUGCCUGAUCCUCAGGGCUCCGGGCAUGGACCAGCUGGCUUUGCCAAGCAAGCUGCCUUUCUCAAACAAGCUCUAUGAUUGCAGGCUCUUUGGUAUGGACAUCAAGGGCAGGGACUGUGGCGACCACGCAGCUCAGUGGUUCACCAGCUUCUUGAAAACAGACGCUUUCAGGCUGGUUCAGUUUGAGAAGCACAUGAAGGGAAGACCAUCGAGGGAAAUUUUCUCUACUUCAGUACCGAAUUACCAGGUGGCCUACCCAGACUGCUGCCCGAUCAUGAUCCUCUCGGAAGCCUCCCUGGCGGAUCUGAAUACCAGGCUGGAGAAGAAAGUGAAAAUGGACCAGUUCAGACCCAAUAUCGUGGUGACAGACUGCGAUGCUUUCGAGGAGGAUACUUGGGAUGAACUCCUAAUUGGCAACGUAGAAAUGAAAAAGGUUUUGUCUUGCUCCAGGUGCAUUUUGACCACUGUAGACCCAGAUACUGGAGUGAUAGACAGGAAGGAGCCACUGGAAACCCUGGGGAGCUACCGCCUGUGUGAUCCUUCCGAGAAGGCAAUAUACAAGUCGUCCCCACUUUUUGGGAUCUAUUUUUCAGUGGAGAAGAUCGGCAGCCUGAAAAUUGGUGACCCGGUGUAUCGGCUGGUUCAGUGACGUGGUACGUGGUUCAGCAAAGGGCUGGCUUUGCUGCUGGAAUGCAUUGCUUCAAGACCACUGCCGCGUCUUCUUGCAUUGAGAUGUGUUUACAUUUUGCUGCUUUAACUCUUCGGAGGAUGAGCGGUUUGUAUUCUGCUCUUUGGAGUUGGAAAAUGCCUUUUAUUUUUCUUCCCUCCACAAUCUGAUUUAUUUCACCUAGGCUUCCUCUCCCACUUCCCAUUCAGUUAUAAAAGGCUGAUGCAGGAGCCCCAGCAAAAGACAGGUAGAUGUUCUCAGUUCAUUAAGAAAUAAGGAAAUGAAGGUGAGCAGGUCUCAAGAGUUCUAUAUUGAUUUUUUCUGUCUGUGAUAGAAAAGUGAGGGGAGGGGCGCCUGGGUGGCUCAGUCGUUAAGCGUCUG